UCCUCACAUCAAUCCGAACAUUAAUUGUUGCAAGCUUAUAACUGGCGCAGUCGGUUUAAGAACUGUGUUUGAUUUCGUUCACGUGUGUUUGUUCCUGUCAGCAGUGCUUCUCCGAGGGAAUAUCGGAAUCGCCAAGGACGCCAUCGACGGUUUAUCGAAGGAUUGAGGACAAACCCGUAGAGACGACACCAAACACAAUCACUACCUCCAACUCAGACGAGAGAACAUCGUCUUUUUACAUUGAAACCGCAAACCAGUUACGAUAUACCGUUCUCACUCUAUAUCAUACAACUGGCUAACAUAAAAGAUGAAAAGAUAUCACACAGAUCAUCUCACUUCAAUGGUAGACAAACCUAACUCUCUGGAACGGAAUAAUAAUAAUAAAAAAAAAAUGUUUGUGCCCUAUAAUAAAACCUUCUCCUCUUACCAUUUUAGGUUAAAAAGUAAACUUUCCAUUGGCAGCUUGCUACCCUACGUCUAAGUACUUUUACACGUCUGUUACAUCGAGCCUAAUACAACUCUCACCUUCAGGUACCUUUGAAUGCCUAGAUAUAGAAAAAAAAGGUAAAUUACCAUUGUAUGUAGAUUUAAUAAACAAAACGAAUGACUAACUCCAACUAACACUAAUUAUAAUAUUGAAAGCAAAUUUAUGAUCGUAUCCUUUAAUUUAAUCAAUCAAAAUUAGACGCUCACGAACGAAAGCAAUUAUACGUUUUAAAUUACAGGAAAAUGCUACGAAGCUUACUGAAAACAUGGUUCCUCUUGUCGAUUCCAGUAUACUGUAGUUCAGAAUUAGAUAUUGUUAACCUUCAUAAUAACCCAAUCGUUCUUAUCAAACAAAACAACUGUAAAUUACAAACCGGAACCAUUAAAAUUAUUCAUCCAAUCAAUCUACAUCAAAUCGAAGAGAGCAUAGAACUACUGACUACAAAAUUUUAUACACAACUAACCCCAACUAACCCAAUGAACGAGGUUGUUAAAUAUCGGAUCAAGAAGCUGUAUUCAUCCCUCUACGCGUUGAAACCGCAACAAGCGCAUCGACACAAGAGAUGGGACUCAUUAGGCGCUGCGUGGAAGUGGAUUGCCGGAUCGCCCGAUGCACAAGAUCUACAGAUCAUUAACUCUACAAUGAAUGAUAUCAUCGAUCAAAAUAACCAGCAAUACAGAGUUAACGAAAACAUCAACAACCGGAUUUCGAAACUAACGCAAGCAAUCAAUCAAAUAGCCAGCGCUCUAAACCCCCAGAAUGGAUUGGACGUUAUGCAAGCAAUUACCACAAUGUUGAACAUGGACGUCAUUAAUGAACUCCUCGACAAUAUCCAGGAAGCAAUCACCCUCAGCAGAAUUUCCGUUAUUAACAACAAAAUUUUAUCAACACGAGAAAUAAACGUGAUCAAAACCGCUCUUCAAGACCAAGGAGUGAAGAUAAAUUUUCCGGACGAAGCCCUACAGUUUGUUACUCCAAAAAUUGCCGUGAAAGAAGGAGACUUGUUGUACAUACUCCAUGUUCCAGAAUUGGAAAACGCAACAUCUACAAUUGUGAGGAUAUACCCGCUGAUCGUAAAUAAUCAAAUGAUAAAAUCGUACCCAAGCCACAUUAUACGGCGUGGGCCAAAACUUUUCGAAACAGAUAAGCCCGAAGACUUCGUACAGAGAUCAUUCCACACUAAAGAAUUCGAAGAUAAAUGUAUUAGACCACUAAUACUGGGAAAACAAUCACAUUGUACCUCAGUUCACAAAAAUGAAACUACCCAACAGCUAAUAAACGAAAACACCUUAUUAAUUUCAAACGCUAAAAAUCACACACUAGAAUCCAAUUGUGGACCCGAUAAUAGAACCAUCACUGGCAAUUUCAUCAUCAAGUUCGCGAACUGUACGAUUAAAUUCAAUAACCAUAAAUUUCAUAAUUCGGAAACCAUGGUGGAUACAGAAAUCCUGCAUGGAGCAUUCCACAAUAUUUUGAUCAAUUGGACCAUUCAAAACCAACCUAAUAUAAAGGAAAUCCACGACACAGCCAUCAACAAUAGAAGGAAGUUAGACCACGUUUAUUUGCAACAAAGUAGCCUUCGCUUCAAUCUAUGGAUAACGUUUGGAGGAAUAUCUCUUUCGACAGCGAUUUGCUUCAUUAUAAUAAUCCUCAUUCUGAGAAACAUCAAUCCUUGCCUAAUGUUCAAUUUUAGGAAAAAGCAGCAACCAAAUGUCGACCCGGGACGGCUCGAACUUGAGGAGGGGGUAGUUACGAACGCGAUUGAGAAGCUAAAAGCCCAACAACAACAAAUCGCAGCAACCCUGGCUGCGAUGGAAGUUUAACAACAACAAUAACAACAACAACAACGUGCUACGAUUAUUCGCACUCCGCGAGUUGUAUCGAGAGCAAGUACAGUUGAAGCCACCUGUAAUUCUUGCGUUAAAUGCUUUGCCACGCCAACCAACCCGGCGCGAUCAUCAAUAACAAAACCUUCCACUCUGCAGCAGAACUCAGCGUACUACCUAUCGAUGCGAUAGCACCGAGAGUGCCGAUUUAGCAGAAUGGGCAUAAUGACCCUUGGACAGCUACGACGACGACGACGGCGACGACGACAAUCGCGAGCAGUGUAGCAUUUUAUAAGUAAAAUAAAUCAUUAUUGUUUUAACUCGUAAACGUAGCAGGUCGUCCUCACGUCAAUCCGAACAUUAAUUGUUG